AUGAUCGAUAACUACAACGAAGAAUACUGGUACAGAGAUAAAGCAAGAGCCAUCUCCGACAUGAUUGCAGAAUUUCUAUCUGCUCACCACUACAAUGAUGGCAAUGAUCCGAAGAGUAGUCCUCGAGGAGUUUAUUCCACUGAUAUUACAUCUAGUACAGCAGUUAUUGGCUGGGARGAAAUYCCCAGAAAAGAUGCUSGUGGUGAACUUCUUGGMUACAUAGUUAAGGUCWYCAAUCGURACWCUUGGAGAUAURAACAAGAGGUAAAUACAARUGAUACAUCAGUCAUCUUAACGGAUCUUUCACGAAGAAGCACCUAUUAUGUCGAAAUUAGAGGUUACACUUCAGUUGGAUCAGGACCAUCUGCAUACCACUACUUUGACACUUUGAUAUGUGGUGGUACUAUAAAGAACCAAUUACACGGCCAAAUACACUUUCCGUAUAUUGACGUGUGGCCUACAACCUGUAUAUGGAAAUUGGUGGCACCGACUACGAACACACUGAUCUUAUUCGUUUUGGAGUCACUUUAUUUACAACCAUCCUUUCGUUGCAGUGAUUUCUACUUGWCCAUUAAAGACGGCCAAGGAAACUCAGCRCAAGGCAGAAUUUGUGGCUCAAGGAAGUCUCUGUCUUUUAUCUCACUUGGUUUUACUGAAGUAAAACUUUAUUUGAGAAGACCAAUAUGGUCGACUCAUAUGUCAUCCUCUUUCUUCAUGCUUGAAAAUGGACUUGAAAAUGGUAAGGGUUUCACUUUUCAAUGUUUUUCAAAUGAACUAAAAUGUUUCUUUUUCACAUUGAUCUAA